AUGCUUGGGGCUGCUCUGGUACCGGUCGAAUUUGAAAUGGGUCCUAGUCGAUCAGAUGGCUCUGCGGGGAGGGAGCGCCUGCGCUGGACCCAAGAGCUACAUGAUAGGUUCGUAGAGGCAGUCACUAAGCUUGGUGGCCCUGAUAGGGCAACACCAAAGGGCAUCUUGAAGGCUAUGAGCGUUUCUGGACUGACCAUCUACCAUAUCAAAAGCCAUUUGCAGAAGUACAGGAUAUCAAAGUUCAUUCCAGAGUCGACCAGUAAAGGCAAACUUCAGAAGAAAAACAUUUCAGAAAUGCUGCCUAAUUUCGGUGCAACGUCCCUUAAAAUUAUGCAGAUACAAGUACAGAGGAGUCUGAGUGAUCAAAAUGAGGUGCAAAAGAUUCUGAAACAUAAAAUUGAAGCCCAAGCAAGGUUCCUUGACAUAUUUUCAGCAGAACGCCAUAACAACAAGAAGAACCGUCCGAUCUUAAUCACAAAACCCAGCAAAGUACCGUUGCCUCGGACAUCGCUGCCUUCACUUUGUGAAGACUCGGAAUCAAAUGCAAAGGAGUUUUGUGCUGACUCAGAGGCUGACAAGGCUGAAAUACAAUCCUCUGCAGAACAAUUCCAAGCUCUGAAGAGGCUUAGGCUACAUCAUCAAAGCGACGAGGUCUGCGAGCCAGCACUCAAUUCAGAGUGGUAUAAUCAAAGCCACAGCUUUCUUCUCCCUCAUGAGGACCAUAUCAACUUUCCUUGGAACCUUGCAGCCUGCUCAUCUCCCUUGGUGCCCACCUGCUUUCUAUAA